GCAUUGGCUGAGACGGCCAGGGAUAGAAGGAGGAGGCCUUGGUCCGGAAUAGAUCUGGCCAAACUGCGGUGUCCGUUGUGAAUUGGACUGAUAAGAUAACAGUCCCGGCAUAUAGAAGCGGCCCGAGAUCUUUGCCAUCACUUGGCACCUUUUACAUCUCGGUGUCGUGCUGUAGGAGGCCUCCAAUCUCGAUGGCUCGGUCGACAACAAGACGCAAGCACGAUGAUGUCCCUGGGUGCCCGCCCCUUCGCCGAGAGAGGGGCAAUGGAAAGGCAGAGACGUCUCGAGUCUACACCAUCAAGGAACUCGGCCGAGCCGUCCUCGAGGUAUCGUUGUCCACAGAUAAAAUCCUUGAAAUCAUUGCCCGACAAGAGGAAAGCGCGUAUGAAUCUAGACUAUCAUCCACGAGCUCUGUUCUAGCAGUAGAACGCUAGUUUCUAGGAGCCGAGGGCGUAUGUCAUUUGAGGUCAGGGUAGUUGGAGAGACAGUCCAGUUCGGACACUAGAACUAGCGACUAGGCAAAUCGAGUGCGAAGAAUUUAAGGCAAAGGCAGCGAGGGGAGCACGCCAAGAGACGCCUGGAGAUGACAACAUUGCUCGCAACGAGCAGAGGGCCCAGCAAGCAUCUUCUCAACCCAAUCCAGAAGAAGCAUGCAAAAAAAGGGUCCUUUGCUGAUGAAGAGCGGUUGCCGAGCACCGAACAGAGAGAUCUGCUGAUGAACGACGAGGCUACAGACUCGCCAUCUUAUCAGAAAGGUCGCCCCUCCAGAUACCGAAUCUAAGGCCACAAAGUUAUCCGAAUGAAGAGCACCAUCGGGAUAUCUUCGCCCCCAAUCCCCAGACACAAGCAGAGGGAGGGCUGGGAGCACGAGCACGAGCCAGCAGCAGCACGAACAAGAGACAGAGAAGGCAAGACGAACUCGAGACACCCAAAAAAAUCGGUCAAAGAACAAGGGGUUGCAUGCCCUCAACUGUCCACGAGCAAAUCACGAAGCCACCGCACCAGAUCACAUCUCCACGAGAGCGAGACCAGGAUACUCCCAAGUGGACCUUUCUGCGUCCUGGAUGACAAGACGUCAGCCGGCAAUGAUGAAUGUAUCCAAAUCCACAAGCCCCGCAAAGCAGACACAGCCGCACCAGCACCAGAAGGUUGCAGGUCACAGACAAAGAAGAUCAGAGCCGGGCUGAUCAGAGUACAGAACAACGGCGGAACAAACAAACGAGCAGGAUAGGCAAAGAGAUAGAUCCAGACGCAUAGACGUGAUUGCUAGCUACUCUAGAGUUCGACCAAAGGGUCGAGGGUUCGAGCGAAUGCGAGCGAGAGAGAAAAGAUUUUUACGAGCUCUUCUUGUUUCGCUGGGAGAUCAGAUUUCCGCAGUCUGACUUCCUCUAACGACCUCGAUCUGCGGGCUCGACUCUGUUCGGUGGCGAAGUAGCUGCCGGCAGUGGUGGACACAACCCUCUCCCAUGUUCCGUCUUAACCGAAACUUUUCAGAUUGGGCGGUCAGCCACUCUCUCCCCAUGCUCGAAAUCAUUCCUCGCCCCCGUCUCUCUACUGUAACCGCAAUCAAUCAUUUGUGCGAUACCCUCUUCUGACGCGAUCUCAAGCUUUCCCCCCAUACGGUUACUGCCCUGACCAUUGUACCUUAUUCCGCUAUACGCAUUCCCUCCCACAAGUUGGUUCUCAAAAGGUAAGCGACUCUUGCAUUCUCUACUACAAUUAAUCUUUUGAAAGUCCUCAUGAAGGAGGAUUAUAGCACUCUUUUGCGUGUCCUUUUGAGUUCUCUGGAUCUGAAGAAUAAUGUAUAUUGGAAAGCGAGAUAUUUAGCUUCAAGCUGGAGAAUGGCUGAGAGAGAAUCAAUACCACUCAUGUGGUGUUGUAUUUACGUCAACCGUUGUCAUGCAUUAUCAAUGUACUUAAAAUUUUAGGUCUUGUAAUUAUGCAACAUGGAUUUGCAACUUCACAUAAGCUAAUAAAACC